CCUGAUCGCCCGCCACUGGUGUUCAACAAUAAAGGAUUUCACUUUCAGAUCCCCUGAAAGAGGGAACUGUGCAAACCCAUGGACAUAAAAGCACGUAACUGAACAUACAGACACAGUGUGUCGGUAUAUUACCUGAAGGAACGCCAUGGGAGCAUCUCUGAUCCUACGGACAACUGCAAUAUUCCUCACAGUCACCCUACAAGUCAAAGCUGUGUUCUGUUUGAAAACCAAAACUCUAUUGGAGGGUGAGAGCCUUGAGUUUAGAUGCAACUAUAAAGACGGCCGUCAAAGUAGCGUUAAGUACUUCUGCUUAAUUGAUGGCAAAAUGCCCAUCAAGCACCUGAUAUGGGCCAAAGAACACAACAAGUGGGUGCGAGAAGGAAGAUUCUCUCUAUUCGAUAACACAAGCGGAGCCUUUUUCAUGGUCAGGGUGGACGUGUUGUACGCACAGGACAGUGGGUUGUACCGGUGUGGGGUGGAGUCCGCUUGCCUCCCUUCACACCUCAACGAUGUCAUACAACUAAAUGUCUCCAAAGUAAAUGAAACAAAGACCAUCACUGUGCACAAGCACCACCUGAUGCUGUUUAUGGCUGCAAUAACCUGCACGGUGGCCCUGGUAUGCGUGUGUCUCUAUACACUCGUGUUGCUGACUGCUUUGAAAAAACAGAAAAGAAAGAUUUCCUCCGUCUAUGAGACCAUGACGCCUGCUGUCAUCGGUGAAGCUGAAGGCCACGGCAGGAGUUUGAGUCUGGAGUAUAUCACUCAUCCUGACGCACUCACGGGCGACCCCGCAGUGGGACAUCGGGAGUCGUCUUCAGGCAGCCUCAACCUCAAUGAAUACCUCGAUUUAGAUCCCAGUCUAUUGGAGGAGCACGUCUACCAUAGCAUCAGCAGAGAGAACAAUCCAGAGAAUUAAAAUCCACUUUCAGAUGGAUUCAUCCUAAAAUCCUGGUUGCCACCAUGCAAAGUUGUGGUUCUUUUAAAGGCCUACUGAAACCCACUACUACCCACCACGCAGUCUGAUAGUUUAUAUAUCAAUGAUGAAAUAUUAACAUUGCAACACAUGCCAAUACGGCCGGUUUAGUUUACUAAAUUACAAUUUUAAAUUUCCCGCGGAGUUUCUUGUUGAAAACGUCACGGAAUGAUGACGCGUGUUUGUAACGUCUCGGGUUGUUGCGGACAUAUUAGCCCAGCACCACACACGGCUAAAAGUCUUCUCUUUUCAUCGCAUAAUUACACAGUAAUUUGGACAUCUGUGUUGCUGAAUCUUUUGCAAUUUGUUCAAUUAAUAAUGGAGACUAUAAAGAAGAAUGCUGUUGGUGGAAAGCGGUGGAUUGCAGCUGCCUUUAGCACCGAAACACAGCCGGUGUUUCUUUGUUGUGAAGCUUUAACACAGAGCGGUCAAGCGAACAUGUUUCUCUACGUCAACCAGCAAGUUUUUGGAUGGGAAAAUUGUGAUAUUAAGUCGACUCUUAUCGGAGACUUCAGUGGAUUACUGGACUUCCUCCUGCAGCUCAAAAAGGCAGCUGUGAUCUUGGCUCCCCGGCUUCUCUGAGAGACACUGGCGUUCACCGCAGCCCUCCGACUUUCAGGUAUGACUUUACAAUCUCACUAAAACACUAUUAAAACAAUAAGCAGAUAAAGGAUCUUCCAGAAAUAUCCUUGUGUGAACGCGUCUGGAACCGUUGGGUCGUUCUUGACCGGAGAGAGCACAACCAGGCGGGUGCCGAGUACAGGGUUUUUAUUUUUCACUUUCCAAUCUAUAUUUUUUAAUGUUUUGCUUUUCAGCAAUUAGUGGACUGCCGCUCCUUCCGUCCGCGUCUCUGCCUCGCGUCUGUUCCCCAACCUCUUCUCAUGGUCCCCCGCGCCCCUGAUAAAGAGACAGGUGAUUAGACGACUCGUUCCAGCUGAGAAAUCUCCUCACCUGUCAUCGCUUCAUAGCCGGCGCCUGUGCACGCCUCGCCCGCAGGGGACGCGUCGACCACGCCCCUCCACACCUAGUAAAUGUGUCUAAUUACAUCUGAAACACCGGCAAGAGUCGUUGCCUUUUAUUUUUUUUUUCUCAUAGUACUUCACUCUAAACGUCCUCAUCCACGAAUUAAUGAAGAAAUUGUCGCUUUCUCGGUUUGAAUAGCUCUAGCUACCGCUGUCUAUGAUUAUAAACAAUGUGAGGAUGUGAGGAGCUCCACAACCCGUGACGUCACGUGCACAUCGUCUGCUAUUUCUGGUACAGGCAAGGCUUUUUUAUUAGCGACCAAAAGUUGCGAACUUUAUCGUCGAUGUUCUCUACUAAAUCCUUUCAGCAAAAAUAUGGCAAAAUCGCAAAAUGAUCAAGUAUGACAUAUAGAAUGGACCUGCUAUCCCCGUUUGAAUAAGAAAAUCUCAUUUCAGUAGGCCUUUAAGUUUCAAGUCCAAAAGGAGUAGGAUGAAGCGAAGCCCAUUUGGUCUUACCACCAUGGACAAAACCGGGGACAGAGAAGACAUGUUUUUUCCCCCGAAAAUGUAUGUAGUGCCAUUGAAUGGAGGCAAGUCAAACACUUGCCAGCGAUUCCAAGUUUUUAAAAAGAGUUGUCUGUCUGUAACUUCACCUUGCAUUUCCCUAUUCUCACCACUAGUCGGCGCUCUGCACCCUCUCACACUCGUGUUGGCAUUGAAGCCAAGAACCAUGAAAAUGAAGUCAAUAAAAAAAUGGGAGUAUGGCUCACUUGGUAGAGUGGCUGUGGCAGCAAACUGAGGAUUCCAAGUUCAAUUCCCGUUUCUGCCAUCCUUGUCUGCACUUAACCCACCUACACCCAGUGCCACACACACUGCUUUAAAUGGAGCUUAAUUAUGUUGAUAAUGGGUUUUAUGAUGUAAAGCACUUUAGUAGUAGUCCAGCUUUAGUCCAGCUCGGUGGCCUUGUGGUUAGAGUGUCCGCUCUGAGACUGGAACGUUGUGAGUUCAUACCAAAGAGUAUAAAAAUGGGUCCCAUUGCCUCCCUGCUUAGCACUCAGCAUCAAGGGUUGGAAUGGGGGGGUAAACCACCAAAUGAUUCCUGCUCACUGCUCCCUUCACCACCCAUGGGGGUGAACAAUGGGAUGGGUCAAAUGCAAAGGACGCAUUGUGUGACGAUCGUUGGGACUUGAACUUUAUUACUGUUUUAGCUGUAGUUGUGAGAAAAUGUUUGUACUAAAAUGAUUGAUAAGUAAUAUUGUGACAUACAGCAGCCAAAAUGAUCGUGUUUCUCCCGCUGGGGGCCGGGGCUCCCUUAGCGAUAGGGUGACUUUGGGACCCACAGUCUUCCCCCUGGCCUCCUACCGGUUGCACGAUACCUCAAGACUUUAUUUGUUAUACUUUUGAUGAUCAUGGUUUAGAGCAGGGGUCACCAACGCGGUGCCCGCAGGCACCAGGUCGCCCGUAAGGACCAGAUGAGAAGCACGCUGGCCUGUUCUAUUAAUAGCUCAAAUAGCAGCACUUACCAGUGAGCUGCCUCUAUUUUUAAAAUUGUAUUUAUUUACUAGCAAGCUGGUCUCGCUUUGCUUGACAUUUUUAAUUCUAAGAGAGACAAAACUCUAAGAGAAUUUGAAAAUCCAAGAAAAUAUUUUAAAGACUUGGACUUCACUUGUUUGAAUAAAUUCAUUUAUUUUUUUACUUUGCUUCUUAUAACUUUCAGAAAGACAAUUUUAGAGAAAAAAAUACAACAUUAAAAAAGGUUUUAAGAUUUUUAAACACAUAUACCUUUCUACCU